GGUCGAAGCGGCGCGGGCGGCUCGCUCCCAUUGGCUCGAGCUCUCGUCAGUCACGGAGAAUGCCACUCAGGGUAGAUUAGGCACCAUUUGCCAUAACUAAAUAGUUACAUUGAACAUCAAGUAGGAAGAUUUUUUAAUUGGUGUCUCACCGCGCUCGGCGGAGAGUUACACUUCGGCUUUGUUAAAAAAAUACCAAAACACCUUCGUGUGCGUUUUUGAAUUCGACAAAGUGUGACGUUUGACUCCGCCGUCUCAUCAAACAGAUGUGGAUACACCGCUCGGGAGCUGCCCAGCUGAGGUGAAGGGGAGGGCAGAGGAUCCCAGUCCAGCCUGAGUGUGGAUGACCUGCCACCGGAAACAGGACCAUGAUCUGAAGAGGGCGCUGCAAACCGAACCCCAUUCUUCCUCUCCUCCUUCUCCCUCUUUUUUUUUUUCUUUUCUUUUCUUUUCUUUUUUUUUUUUUUUUGUAAAUCCACGAGGUGACAGCCUCCUCCUCGCUCGACCGCUUCACACAGAGUCAGCGUGCGCGGAGAGGACAAACUGAGAGACAUCAGGAGGAGGAAGACACACACACACACAACGACUGUCAUCCGUGACCUCUGACCUCGACACUUCCUCCGCUCCUCCCACCGCCACACCGGAAACAUGGGGAGGAAAAAGAUUCAGAUUCAGAGGAUCACAGACGAACGCAACAGACAGGUGACGUUCACCAAGCGGAAGUUCGGCCUGAUGAAGAAGGCGUACGAGCUGAGCGUCCUGUGCGACUGCGAGAUCGCCCUCAUCAUCUUCAACCACUCCAACAAGCUGUUCCAGUACGCCAGCACCGACAUGGACAAGGUCCUGCUCAAGUACACAGAGUACAACGAGCCGCACGAGAGCCGGACCAACGCCGACAUCAUCGAGACGUUGCGAAAGAAAGGCUUUAACGGCUGCAACAGCCCCGAGCCCGACGGCGACGACUCCAUCGACCAAAGCCCGCUAAACGAAGACAAGUACCGCAAGACCGAGGACCUGGACAGCCUCUUCAAACGCUACGGCGCUCUGAACAAGAAAGAGCACCGGGACUCUGAGAGCCCAGACCCCGAGGAGCCCUUCUCCCUCACCCCCCGCACUGAGGAGAAAUACAAAAAAAUUGACGAGGAGUUUGAUAAAAUGAUGCAGAACUAUAGGCUGUCAUCCACAGUCCCACAGCCCACCUUCUCCAUGCCAGUCACCGUGCCAGUAUCCAAUCAGAACGCGGCGGCGGCGGCAGCCCUCCAGUUCAGCAACAACCCCGGCGGCGCCCUGGUCACCACCACCUCCUUCGUCACCUCCACCCUCACAGACCCCCGCCUCCUGUCGCCACAGCAACCAGCUCUGCAGAGGAACACCGUGUCACCAGGGUUACCACAGCGACCAGCCAGUGCAGGUGCUCUGCUAGGAGAUCUGGGGAAUUCAAACGGAGCGUGCCCGAGUCCAGUCCCUAACGGCUACAUCAGUGCCAGGGCCUCCCCGGGCCUCCUCUCCGUAUCCAACGGCAACAGCCUGGGGAAAGUAGUCCCGGCGAAGUCUCCGCCCAGCCCUCAGAUGGUCAACAGCCGCAAGCCGGACCUCAGGGUCAUCACCUCGCAGAGUGGCAAGAGCCUGAUGCAGCUGACAGAGGAAGAGCUGGAGUUGAAUGCUCAGCGGCUAGGCGGAUCCCAGGUGGCACAGCCGCUCACCACCCCGGUGGUCUCCGUGGCAACACCCAGUCUCCUAGCGCCCUUCUCCGGCAUGCAGACGGCCUACAACACUGAGUACCAGCUGACAAGUGCAGAUCUCACAGCGCUCCAGACGUUCACACCACCAGGGUUGGUGCCUGGCAACAUGGCUGCCUGGCAACAGCAACAGCAACCAGCAGUCUCCCAGCAACAGCAGCAGCAGCAGCAACAGCCGCAGCAGCUGAGCUUGGCGUCGCUCAGUAACUUGGUCAUGUGGGGUGCAGAGAAACAGAAUGCGGAGAUGGUUAACUGCAUCUCCAAUUUUGCUGCUAACCUGAGCUUGGCCUCUCAGUCCAACUUGCUCUUUGGCAGGGAGGAGGGCCUCUGCUGGCCGGUGGGCCACAUACCUCAGGGCGCCGCACUGACAGUCAACACGAACCCCAACGUCAACAUCAAGUCCGAACCCGUCUCGCCAAACCGCGACCGCAGCACCCCCAGCUCCACCAGCGGCGGGGGAGGCGGAGGGGGGGGCCAGGGUCAAGUCCAGGGACAAGGUCUGGUGUCGGUCGCCUACCCUGGCACCCUGCGCCUGGAGGCGGGAGGUCAGGGCCGCUCGCCCGUCGACAGCCUCAGUAGCAACGGCAGCUCGUACGAGGGCAGCGACCGGGACGACGGCACCCAGGGUCGAGCCGGGGGUCCGGACUUCCACCACCAGGCCGGCGCCGGGGCCCAGCAGCCCACCAUGGUCCUCAUGCGGCCCCCGUCGGCCGAGCCCCAGGAGCAGGACGGGACCAACGUCAAGAGAAUGAGACUGGACGCCUGGGUCACAUAAAGAGAUGACGAGAGAGGGAUGGACGGACAGAUGGAGGAUGGAGAUGUGUACUUGUGGCUUGUGUACAUGCCCCCACCAGCCCCGACGCCCCCCCACCCCCCUUCCCCCCAGUCUCCCUACCUGUGCAUACACACACACAACACACACACACACACACACACACACACCCGCCAUCGACCCCGUGACCGACUGUCCACACAGGAGACGCUGACCUCACAUACAAACACAAGCAUGCUAACACUCUCAUGUUGCACGUGUGGACACUGACGCGCACUUGUACGACAAUGUGCAUACACAUUUGAACUCUAAUGUACUUUCACUCACACACACACACACACACACA